ACACACACACACACACACACACGCACACACACACACACACACACACACACACACACACACACACACGCACACAGGUGGAGGUGAUCAUCACAACAGCAGAAGAGAACUCACACACUCCUCCAGAGGUAAGAUCCCUGUGUUCAUCUUGUGGUUUGUGGGGACUUUGUGACGGAUGUGUGACAGUUGAUAUUAAUCAGAAAUGCCACAGAACCUUUGCUGUGUGAUUCGUGCAGAACAGCUGGUGGAUUUUCUGUGCUUCAUGUGUGAUGAAGAACACGCGGCGCCAGCUGUUAGCUUUCUUAAUGCUAGCAGCAGUUAGCUAGCUUAGCGCACCAAUGUGGUGUCCAUCUCCUCCUCUGAUGAGUAUUAAUAUAUAUUAUAUAUAUUAUUUGAAAAAGGAUGUUAUUCGUUAUGACUGUAUCUCCUUUUGUAAAUGGAACAUCUUAAAAGUAACCAGAACCAGUAGUUUGGGAAUAAAUGUAAAAUAAAUAAUAAUAAUAAUAAUAUAAAGGACAUUUACUACCUCUACCAGGGAAGUGAGUACUCCAUAAAGUACCUCUAAUGUGUACAGCUCUUUAUGUACAUGCAUGACCGACUACUGGUAUGAAUUCAUGCAGCUUGAUGACGAUGUGACUACGUUUCUCUUCCUCCUCCUCCUCCUCCUCCUCCUCCUCCUCCUCCUCUGUAAGCUGAUCUCUUCUAGCCGCGCAAAGGUCAAAGGUCAGGAGGAACAACAGGAAGUCUGUUUGUAACCGAUGAAUCAUUGAUUCGCCCAACAUCACUUCAGUGUGUGUGAAUGAUUAAGAUGUUCAGUUAUUGAAGAAAUGAAUAGAUUAUUGAUGAUUAGGAACCAGCUGAUUGCAUUAUUGAUUAGGCUGAAUAAAAGGAUGCUGAAGAGCUCACACACACACACACACACACACACACACACACACACACACACACGCACACAUACAUAAUGUUCAUAAUUCCGUCUUCCGAAUCUAGCUGAUGAUCGACCUGCUCCUGAAGCUGGAUGACCUUUGACCUCCCCGUCCUCCAGAUGUCGCUGCGUUCGUCUUUCCGCUGCUCGAAGUUCCGUCACGUCUUUGGGAAGCCGUCCACCAAGGAGCACAGCUACGCCGGGGUGCCCGUCACCCGCAGCGUCCACGACAACCACCACUGCUCGGCCAACCCCAGCUUCAUCGCCGUGGUGACGGAGUGCGCCGGGGGCGGGUCCUUUCUGGUGCUGCCCAUCCAUCAUACAGGAAGGGUGGACCCUCAGCACCCGAGGGUGUGCGGUCACAGUGGGAGGGUCCUGGACGUCAAGUGGAACCCGUUCGACGAUCACUGCAUCGCCUCCUGCUCAGAGGACUGCACCGUGAAGAUCUGGGACAUCCCGGUCUGUGGCGUCCAGCAGAACCUCACCAAGGCCAGGAAGACUCUGAUUGGUCACUCCAGGCGGGUGGCGCUUGUUGAGUGGCACCCGACAGCUCAGAACCUGCUGCUAAGCUCCGCCUACGACUACAAGGUCCUCCUCUGGGAUGUGUCCCAGGUAGCCUCAGUGCUCAGGUACCCGGUCCAGGUGGUUCUGAUGCCCAUCCACCACCGCUACCCCUCUGAUGCUCUGCUGCUGUCGGUCAGCUUCAACAGUGACGGCAGCAGGCUGGCGGUCGCGUCCAAAGACAGACGGGUCAGAGUCCUGGACCCUCGGACAGGAAGGAUCCUACAGGUGUCCAGCAGCAAGUCUCACAGAGCGAGCAAAGUCUUAUUCAUCGGAGGGUUGAAGAUGCUUCUGUCAACAGGCAGCUCACCUUGGAACCACAGACAGGUCGUCCUCUGGGACCCGGCUGAUUUAUCUGAGCCGCUGUAUGAAGAAGACCUGGACGGAUCAGCUGGAGUCCUCUUCCCGUUCUACGACCCGGACACACGCAUGCUCUACUUGGCAGGAAAGGGGGAUGGGAACAUCCGGUACUACGAGCUGAGCCCCCACAAACCGUACAUCAGCUUCCUGUCGGAGUACAGGUCUCUGCUGCCACAGAAAGGACUCGGGGUGAUGCCAAAGCGCGGCCUGGACGUGAGGGCCUGUGAAGUUUUCCGCUUUUACCGGCUCAUCGCCGUUAACGACCUGGUGGAACCACUGUCGAUGAUCGUACCCAGAAAAGACGCAGAUGUUUUCCAGGAGGAUCUGUACCCAAUGACAGCCGGGGACCAGGCGGCCAUGACGGCUCAAGAGUGGCUGCAGGGCGUCAACAGAAGCCCGGUGCUGAUGUCGUUGAACCCCGGGACCCGAAUAGCCAACCCUUACCCAGAGACCCCUGCUGAGCGAGGGCUGGUGAGGCAGACGAGCCCCCCCAGCCUCCGGGUGAAUCUGGCAGUUGGAGCAGUGACCGGGUCCAACCUGGACAUCGUGGAGGAGGCCUUCCUGGAGGAGCAGCUGGCCUACCAGGACACCAAAUACCCCGGGGAGGUGAGCGCGCUGUCGGGAUGGCAGCCGGACGACACCCAGAUCCCGCUGUGGACGUCCUGCUGUACUCCCCACUGCCGAGAACCCGCCGAGGGGCCGCCGCCUCCUACAGAGGGCGAGCUGCUGAAGGCUUUUUACAGGCAGCAAGACGAGAUCCGAAGCCUGAGAGAGCAACUCGACGCCAAAGACGUGAGGAUCGAUCAGUUGGAGCUGGACAUGAAAAACACCAGAAACCACAUGAGGGCCACCUUCUGAUCCAACCAAUCAGCUCUCACGCUGCUGUCCUGAACCAAUCAGACGCCUUCAGGGGAACACAUGUGACGCCUCGAUGAACUGAUGCCUGUUGGCAGAACCCGAGUAAUACUGAUACAUUAAUACUGCAUUUCAUGUCUGAAGCAUUAGUGGUGAAAAGCAGUUUACUUGUGUAACGUGCCGACGUUACGUUUCAUCAUUUGACCAGAAGGAAGGAGACAAUGAGACUUUAGAGAAUGAAGUAUUUACUAUUCUAAAGGGCUGUAGUGUGUAUUAAAUAUAUCUAUUAAACCUGCUUAAAUACAUAUAACCAACAAUAAAUAUGUAUACGUGCUGAUUGGCAGCUGUAAGUCCUAA